AUGGGCCACUACAUCACACUCGCAACUUGCGUCCUCAACCAAUGGGCCUUGGACUUUCAGGGGAACUACGAGAGGAUACUCGAAAGUAUCAGGCUGGCGAAAGAGGCCGGCGCUAGAUAUCGUCUGGGGCCGGAACUAGAGAUUACAGGAUAUGGAUGCAACGACCACUUUUACGAGGGCGACACGUACCUCCACUCUUGGGAAGUCCUGGCGAAGCUUUUGGAAGACGAUGUCUGCCAAGACAUGCUUAUCGACGUUGGAAUGCCCGUCGCCCACAAAAACGUGAAAUACAACUGCCGCGUCAUCUUCUUCAACAAAAAGAUUCUUCUCAUCCGGCCCAAAAUGUUCCUGGCCAACGACGGCAACUACCGCGAAAUGCGUUGGUUCGCCUCAUGGAAGAAGUAUCGCCAAGUCGAGGAUUUCUACCUGCCCCGCCUCAUCCAGAAAAUCACGGGACAGCACACCAUCCCCUUUGGCGACGCCGUAGUCGCCACGCGCGACACCGUCCUCGGCACCGAGCUCUGCGAGGAGUUGUUCACCCCGGACAGCCCCCACAUCCACCAGGCUCUAGACGGGAUCGAGAUCUUCACAAACAGCAGUGGAAGCCACCACGAGUUCCAGAAGCUCGACACCCGCAUCGAUUUGAUCCGUGGCGCGACGCGCAAGUCGGGCGGGAUCUACCUGUAUGCCAACCAGCAAGGGUGUGACGGUGAACGGGUCUACUAUGAUGGAGGUGGUUUGAUCCUCAUGAACGGCGAGAUCUUGGCGCAGGGGACACAGUUCUCCCUCAAGGACAUUGAAGUGGUGACCGCAACAAUGGACAUCGAGGAAGUCCGAUCGAAACGUGGAGACCAACCCAGCCGCAUGAGUCAGGCUUCCAUGGCGCCCGCCUACCCGCGCGUCUACGCAGACCUGGCUUUGACGCAGGAUAUCUUCCUGGAUGGUCAAAUCAUACGGCCCACUGACGCUCGACCACCGUUUUAUCACACCCCUGAGGAGGAGAUCCGAUACGGCCCAGCAUGCUGGCUCUGGGACUACCUCCGCCGCUCCAAAUCCGGCGGCUUCUUCCUCCCGCUCAGCGGCGGGCUCGACAGCUGCUGUACGGCCAUCAUCGUCUAUUCCAUGUGCGAUCUGGUUUGCAAGGCUGCCAAGAAUGGAGAGAAACAAGUGAUAGCCGACGCCCGCAGAAUCGCCGGCGAGCCACCGGAAUCCACCUAUAUUCCGGAAACACCACAGGAGUUCAGCGGGAGGAUCUUCCAUACCUGCUACAUGGGCACAUCCAACUCCAGCGCCGAGACCCGCGCGCGUGCCAAACAUCUCGCUGAAUGGAUCGGCAGUUACCAUCUAGACAUCAACAUGGACUCGAUCGUGUCCGGCUUCCUGGCCGUGUUCCAGCUUGCGACGGGGAAGGUCCCGCAGUACAAAGUCCAGGGGGGCACGGAGACGGAGAAUCUGGCUUUGCAGAACAUUCAGGCGAGAUCUAGGAUGGUGCUUGCGUACAUGUUUGCCCAACUGCUGCUGUGGAUCCGGGGCCGGUUUGGCGCGCUGUUGGUGCUUGGGAGCUCUAAUGUCGAUGAAACGCUUCGAGGAUACUUUACAAAAUACGACUGCUCAAGCGCCGACGUCAAUCCCAUCGGCGGGAUCAGCAAGAUCGAUCUGCGCAAGUUUGUCAAGUACUCGAAGACGGAGCUUGGGUUGGAUAUCUUGCAAGAAUUCCUAGACGCCAACCCCACCGCGGAACUCGAACCCACCACCGCCAGCUACGUACAAGGCGACGAGGUCGACAUGAAGAUGACGUACGAGGAGCUCUCCAUCUACGGCACGCUCCGGAAAGUCGGCAAGAGCGGCCCGUUUGGCAUGUUCUCCAAGCUGUUGCAUCAGUGGGGUCAUAUCCUGUCGCCCAAGGAGAUUGCGGAGAAAGUAAAGACCUUCUUCUUCUACUACUCCAUCAACCGGCACAAAACCACCAUCCUCCCACCGUCGUACCACAUGUCGCACUACUCCCCGGACGACAACCGGUUCGAUCUCCGCCCGUUUUUGUACAACUCGGCGUGGACGUGGCAGUUCAGGAGGAUCGACGAGGGCGCCGAGGCGGUUACGAGGAUGGCGGGGGAGAAUCCGGUGGAGGGGAGGGUCGGGGGUGCUGCUGCGAAGACAGGGUGA